CGUCAUGGCGGCCUCCUGAUCGGCUUCAUCUCCCAUCACUGGGCGGGACCACGGCGGGGCGGACAGCCAGGCUUUGGGCACUUCCGCCGGGUUUCGGGUUUCCAUCGAGUCGGCAUUUAAAUUGAGCUGGUGCGCAUCAGCUGCUGCUACAUAGGUCACACAAUAAUAGCUGAAAUAUUUGACUUUACAGCGAUUAGUGCGUCUAGAGAAGAAAGCUACUAUCAUAAGCACAGAAGAGGCGUGCAGGUUUGUUUCAUUAGAGGAGCUUUUCAACAAAAACGGUGCCAGCUUUCUCACUGACAGCAGCCUUGUGCAUCAUUUUUGGGAUUCCUGUGCGCUUUUGGAGGAUAUUGAGGCGGUAACGUGAUGCUGGACGUGCACAAUUUUACAUUUAUUAUUCUUUUGCUUUAUGCUUUCUGCUAGACUUUGCUGCACCUUGAAUGAUAGCCUGUGUUUUGUGGCCUGGACAAUGGAGGACUGAUGGACUGCAUGUGUUGCAUUUAAAUGAAGUAGCCUACAACAUCCUGUUUUAUUAGUAUCAGCAUAAUAUAAUAUACUAUUGGCUCUUAUUGCCACAACUACAACAUCCACUCAUUCAUUCACGUUUAAUAGUUGCAUUAGACUGCCUAUAGUUGUGUUAUAGUGCAGACCGGCUUACUCAGCACCUGCCAAUACAAAGCAAGUAGUAUUUCUAAGAGGAAAUUAAGAAAAUUCAACUGUAGCCAUGUUCAGCUGGCUUGGCACAGAUGACAGGAGGAAGAAGGAGCCAGAGGUUUUCCAGACUGUCAGCGAUGGACUGAAGAAACUCUACAAAACCAAGCUUCUACCACUGGAGGAGAGCUACAAGUUUCACGAAUUCCACUCUCCUGCGCUGGAGGAUGCUGACUUUGACAACAAGCCCAUGGUCCUCCUGGUGGGACAGUACUCCACAGGCAAAACUAGCUUCAUACGAUACUUGUUGGAGCAGGAUUUUCCGGGAAUGCGGAUCGGCCCUGAACCCACCACAGACUCUUUUAUCGCGGUGAUGCACGGCGACACUGAGGGCGUCAUCCCUGGCAACGCUUUAGUGGUCGACCCCAAGAAGCCCUUCAGGAAACUCAAUGCAUUUGGCAACGCAUUCCUCAACAGGUUUGUUUGUGCACAGCUGCCCAAUCCCGUUCUGGAAAGUAUCAGCGUGAUUGACACACCAGGAAUUCUGUCGGGAGAGAAACAGAGAAUCAGUCGAGGCUAUGACUUUGCUGCAGUGCUGGAGUGGUUUGCAGAGAGAGUGGACAGGAUCAUUUUGCUGUUUGAUGCUCACAAGCUCGAUAUUUCUGAUGAGUUUUCUGAGGUGAUAAGGGCCCUGAAGAACCACGAAGAUAAAAUAAGAGUUGUGCUGAACAAGGCUGACCAGAUUGAGACUCAACAGCUUAUGAGAGUGUAUGGAGCUCUAAUGUGGUCUCUGGGGAAAAUAGUCAACACUCCUGAAGUGGUCCGUGUCUACAUUGGUUCCUUCUGGUCCCACCCCCUCCUCAUACCUGAUAACAGAAAGCUGUUUGAGGCCGAGGAGCAGGACCUUUUCAAGGACAUACAGUCUUUACCGAGAAACGCAGCCCUCAGAAAACUCAAUGAUCUGAUCAAGAGGGCAAGACUAGCCAAGGUCCAUGCCUACAUCAUCAGCUCAUUGAAGAAAGAAAUGCCUUCUGUAUUUGGAAAAGAAAACAAAAAGAAAGAGCUGAUUGCCAGUCUGGGAGACAUCUACAAACGCAUAGAAAGGGAGCACCAGAUCUCACCUGGAGACUUUCCCAGUCUCAAGAAGAUGCAGGACCAACUUCAAGCUCAGGACCUCACCAAGUUCCAGCCUUUGAAGCCCAAGCUCCUGGAGGCAGUGGAUGACAUGCUAGCUAGCGAUAUCGCCAGCCUCAUGGUGCUGGUCCGCCAAGAGGAAAACCAGAAACCCAACCCCGUGGUCAAGGGAGGGGCUUUCGACGGUACUUUGGAUGGUCCGUUUGGCCAUGGGUACGGAGAGGGGGCAGGAGAGGGCAUCGAUGAAGCUGAGUGGGUAGUGGCCCGUGACAAACCAGCUUAUGAUGAGAUUUUCUACACCCUGUCUCCUGUGAAUGGGAAGGUCACCGGAGCCAAUGCCAAGAAGGAAAUGGUAAAGUCCAAACUACCCAAUACAGUACUAGGAAAAAUCUGGAAGCUUGCAGAUAUUGAUAAAGACGGGAUGUUGGAUGAUGAGGAGUUUGCUCUGGCUAACCAUCUUAUUAAAGUGAAAUUAGAGGGACAUGAACUGCCCCUGGAGCUGCCUGCACAUUUGGUUCCCCCAUCCAAGAGGAAAAUCCAGGAGUAGAUUCUAUACUACAUUAUAGAGGAUUAGCUUCAAAGGACUGUCAGUGCCCAACUGUACUCACAACAGUUUCAGAAGUAAUCUUGUCGAACUAAUCACAAAAAACUGUAAAACUGUAAGAUGAAGUGACUUGGACAUUUUGGAAUUUUCUUUUUAGUUUAACUGUAUUCAUUCUGUAUUAAAACACAGCUUAGUUAAAAUCUAUCUGAAAUCUCCUUAGGCUAGGCAAGGUGUUUCCAACAGCAGAAAUACUUUAAAUUUUCUAAUUUCUUUUCUGAAAUACAGAUAGUUACCUGUAAAAAACUUGGCCACAGUCUGUUCCAUUAGAUUAAAAUCAUAUAAGUCUAUGUAGCACAACAGUUUAGAUACUCAACAAUUAUUAACACAUUUUACUUUGAAAACGUAUAAUUCUUUUAGAUGAAAAUUGCAUUCAAACUUUUUUUUCCAGGUUUACCCUGUGAGACACUUAUUAUGUAGAAGCCUGUAAUUACUGUUAAAUAAUAUAAACUGUAGUGUAGCCGCGACAACAACUUCACAGGGUGCCUUUUAGAUCUAGUUUAUUUUACCAUUUGACCUUAUGUUCGACUUAAAGAAAGAGAGUUAAAGAUGUACUAGAUUUUACUUGGAAAUACAUAUACGUAAAUCAACACUGGACUGAAAUGAACUACUGGAAAGACAAUGUGAACAAUACAAACAGCAUUAUGGCUCACAACAUUUGUAAAAUGAUCAAGACAUAAAAUGAACAAUAGUGUACAAUAAUGUAUGUAUUGUAUUUUAACUUUACUGACAACUAUUUGAAAGAUAUGGUCAUGGGAAUCAAUAUGAGAGAGACUAUUGUUUCUGUAGCCAGUGAAGGAAAACACAUCUCAUUAAAAUGCUUUAAGAAUGACUGUGAUUAUUGUCUUAAUUGUGAUAAUAUUUUAAUGAGUAGUGUACUGUAUCAGCAAAUCUUAAAGUUUGGAUGUUGUCACGUCAUAUUGUGCUCUGUGGUUCUCAACUGGUCUAAGGGGUUUUCAAUAUAUUACUUACUUACAGUGCAUUAUUUCUAUAUAUUUUUUCCAACAUCUCACUUCAAGUAAAACAAAGAAAUUAUAUUAAAACUCCCUUAUCUUUCUGGGAUGCUUUCACUAACUGACCCUUUGAGAAUCAUUACUCCAUUAUAUGUAUGGUAUUUAUGUCACAAUGUUAAUGUGUUUGAUUGAGUCACACUACAUAAUGUAUCUUGCCUUUGAGUUGAAUGUAUAAAUAUGUAAACAUGUAAUAAAUGUUGUAUCCGUAA